GAAGCACCGUUUUAUAUGCCGCCAUAGACAAGUUUCUCUUGAAUCACUAGCUACUCACCGGCGCCGUGAUUCGUCAAGCUUGUUUGCGACGUCGCGGUCUGUAUGAGACAAGACCUAUGAAAUUUUCUAUUUCAAGCUAUCAGGAGUUUCCACAAUGAGUGCAGGUGGUUCAUUUGGGGGGAAUAGAGGAUUGAGACCGGUACCCCCAGAAAAAGGAGUCUUCCCUUUGGAUCAUAUGCACCUCUGCGACCUGGAGAAGAAAGAAUACCUCAAUUGUCUUAAAACGUCUGGUCACCAAUCUGAAAAAUGCAGGCACUUAUCAAAAAAAUACCUUCAAUGUCGUAUGGAAAAGAAUUUAAUGGCAAAGCAAGACAUGGCAGAACUCGGAUUCGGGAAUUUGAGUCAGCCCAGUUUGUCUGGCGAUAAAUUGGAACAAGUUUAAGAGUUGUUCAUCCAUAGCUAACCGUAGUCGAAGAUCUCUUAGGUGAAGGAAGCGAAAUUGAUUUUCCUUAAUGUAUUAUUCAACUUAAAUCAAAGGACUAAUUCAACAAAGUGUUUAUGUCAUUCAUUUAUUGUUCUUAUCU